AUGUCUCCCCCGAUUCCCGAGGGCAACAAUCCCUCGUCAGGGUCCAGCAACAACAGCACUUCGGACUCCAAGUCGACCACCCCUCCUCCCUCGAGCACUACCUCGACUACCUCUGCAGCACCUCCCCUCUCGAGCGGCCCGGAUGAUGCUCUGACAUGCCGCUGGAACAACUGCCUUCAAAAGUUUCCCGCACCAGAGUCGCUGUACGAGCACAUUUGUGAGCGCCAUGUUGGCCGCAAGAGCACCAACAACUUGAGCCUCACUUGCCAGUGGAACUCGUGCCGCACGACAACCGUCAAGCGCGAUCACAUUACAUCGCACAUCCGCGUUCAUGUCCCGCUCAAGCCCCACAAGUGCGAGUUUUGCGGCAAGUCCUUCAAGCGACCCCAGGAUCUCAAGAAGCAUGUCAAGACUCACGCCGAUGACUCUGUCCUCGCGCGUCCCACGCAGGACCAGCACGGACAAGGUGGCAUGAACGGCUACAGGCCCCAGAUGCACAAGACCCCCAGCUACUACGAUCACAACGGCCAGAUGCGCCAGCAGUAUCAGCCCCAGCAUCCCGGUGGCCCUCACGCGCACCCAGGGAACUACUACGCGCCCCAGCCCUCGACCAACUACGGUCUUUACUUCAGCCAGGCGCCCCUGAACAACCAGCGCACCGAGCAGCACAUUGGCUACAAUACUGCUCCCUCUGGCGGUUACGAUCGCAAGCGCGCUUUCGACAUGGUGGAGGACUUCUUCACCAGCGCGAAGCGUCGCGAGAUUGACCCCUCGUCAUACAACCAGAUUGGCCGCUCACUGCUUCCCCUCCAUGGUGCCCUGUCGGUCCCCAACGGCUCCAUGGCUGCCACUGAGCACCAGUACGUGCCUCAGGCGGCGCAAAUGACUCACGCCGGGCCUGCCCCUACUCAGAACCCGCUGGCUCAGCAAUAUUACCUGCCCACGCCCUCAAACGUCAGGACACAGAAGGAUCUCGUCCAAAUCGACAAUCUUCUGGGCCAGAUGCAGAACACCAUUUAUGAGAAUGCCCAGCAUGCGCCUACCGAUAUCCACCACAUCCAUAACGGAGACCAGUUCAGUGGGUAUCGUAACACGCCCUCGCCUCCCGUCGCCCAGCGCUCUCCGACGGGCAUGCCCAUUGGUGCUGAUGGCUACCAACACAUGUCUGCUGCUAGCAUGCCUUCGCCUCUGAGCGGCCUGUCAUCGACCGGCACCCCUGCCGUCACCCCACCGUCAAGCGCCAUGUCAUAUAGCUCUGGCCACUCGCCAAGCCCAUCUGCUUCGGCCAUGUCCCCUCAGUCCCGCCACAGCUCCACCACAUCGUCUGUCAUGUACCCGACCCUGCCAACUAGCUUGCCCGCUGUCAACCAAGGGUUUGGCCAGUCUACUACCGCGACGCUCGGUCCCAGCUUCGAGAGCAACGAGCGCCGCCGGUACUCUGGUGGCAUGCUGCAGCGCCCUCGGGGCCCCCCUCCCAGGUCCAUGCCUGCUGAGGAUGGCGCAAGCACGCCUAGGAAUGGUGACUCUGCCCUCUCCAUCUCCUCACCUGCCUCCGAGGAGUCCGAGGUCAGCGAGGCCACCCGCGAGCGUGAAGAGCAAUUCGACCGCUGGCUCGAUAACAUGCGUGUCAUCGAGAACUUGCGCAAGUAUGUUCAAGCCCGUCUCGAGCGGAGGGACUACGUGGAGGAGGAGGAUGAGCGUGGCGAGGCGCAGGUGAAAAAAGAGCACAGCCCCGAGGCCAUGGACGUCGAUGUCAAGAGCCCACGCAGCCCUGUCCCUCAUCAAGAGAACCAUCCCAAGGAGGGUUCAUCGCUGUAUCCCAUCCUGCGCAUGCCUGGCGCAUAA